UUCUCCUCUCAUCUCGCUCUCAUUCUGGUUUCCACCCACUCUCGCUCUGUUUUGGCUCUCUCUUCCGCAGUUCAACACUUCUUUCCAGGCUUGCCUCUCGCAAGGCUACGCGCACUGACGGCAGGAUGUCCAUUGUGAGCAUCGUUGCCAGGGAAAUCCUGGACUCUCGGGGAAACCCUACAGUGGAGGUGGACCUGAGAACUGAUAAAGGUCUGUUCAGGGCUGCGGUGCCCAGCGGAGCAUCGACAGGCAUCUAUGAGGCUCUGGAACUCAGAGAUGGAGACAAGAGCCGUUACAAGGGCAAAGGUGUUCUGAAGGCUGUUGGUCACAUUAAUGACACUCUUGGACCAGCCGUCAUUGCAUCUGAGAUCAGUGUGGUGGAACAGGAGAAACUAGACAACAUGAUGAUUGAAAUGGACGGCACAGAGAACAAAUCCCAGUUCGGUGCUAACGCCAUCCUGGGAGUGUCUCUGGCCAUCUGCAAGGCCGGUGCGGCAGAGAAAGGCGUCCCUCUGUAUCGUCAUAUUGCCGAUCUGGCAGGAAACACAGAGCUAGUGCUGCCAGUUCCUGCGUUUAAUGUAAUCAACGGAGGCUCCCAUGCUGGAAACAAGCUCGCCAUGCAGGAAUUCAUGGUACUUCCUGUGGGGGCGGAGUCAUUCCGUGACGCGCUGCGUGUCGGAGCCGAGCUCUACCAGACGCUGAAGGGUGUCAUCAAGGAGAAGUACGGCCAAGACGCCACCAACGUCGGUGACGAGGGAGGUUUUGCCCCGAACAUCCUGGAGAACAGUGAAGCUCUUGAGUUGAUAAAGACCGCCAUAGACAAGGCCGGGUUCACAGAUAAAGUUGUGAUCGGGAUGGAUGUAGCCGCCUCCGAGUUCUACCGCGACGGGAAGUACGACCUUGACUUCAAGUCCCCUCCAAACCCAGACAGACACAUCACCGGCGAUGAGCUGUUAGAGAUCUACCAGACGUUUGUCAAUGACUAUCCAGUGGUGUCCAUUGAAGACCCGUUUGAUCAGGAUGACUGGGCCGCUUGGACAAACAUGACUGGUUCAGUGGGGAUCCAGAUUGUGGGCGACGACCUGACCGUGACAAACCCAAAGAGGAUAGAGAAGGCAGCGGAAGACCGCGCAUGCAACUGUCUGCUCCUGAAGGUUAACCAGAUCGGCACCGUCACAGAGGCCAUCCAGGCAUGUAAGCUCGCUCAGGCCAACGGAUGGGGCGUGAUGGUCAGCCAUCGCUCAGGAGAGACAGAAGACACUUUUAUCGCUGAUCUAGUGGUGGGACUCUGCACUGGACAGAUAAAGACAGGAGCUCCGUGUAGAUCUGAGCGUCUCGCCAAAUACAACCAACUUAUGAGGAUUGAAGAAGAAUUGGGUGAUCAGGCUCGUUUCGCCGGGCACAAUUUCAGAAACCCUAGCGCUCUGUGAGGCUGACGUCACCGCACCGAAUUCACACGAAAAAAACAACUGACAAACAGAGUAUGUACUGCACUGAACGACUGACUACCCCUGACAUUCCCUAAAAUCAUUCAAAAUGCAUCAAAACAGCACUAUUUGCACUGAGAUACUAAAAACGACUUACUCAGACACUCAAAAUAUGUAUUUAAAACUGAACUGGACUGCGGACAGGCGUUGAUAGACCAAAUAUUAUGCACAGUGGAUCCUGGACAGACCAACAUUAUGCACAAGUGAUUCUGAGGUACUUGACGGGCAAAACAUGUGCAC